UCAAUGUCACACGCUUUGACCACAUAAAAAAAUACACAUAGCCUAUAAAACCUUAGAAAUAAUCAAAAAAGCAGUAUUCAUAGAAAUAGUCAUCGUUUAAGCAAAAAACUUCCGAACAGCAUACAUCUCUACUGGUAUUGAGUAACUUAAAGGUAGUUCUAGGGGCCAAAGAAAAGUAGGCAGACAAAGAAGAAGUGGUGGGGGCGUCCACAAAAUACCUCGCUGACUAUUAGCCUUUGUACCUCCCAACUCACAAUAGGGGUGUUAAUGAUAACGUAGAGUAUGGACAACGAGCCUCAAUGAAAGCACACGGGUCCUUCUUGGCAACUGUCUGUUUUUGAGUUAUUUUCCACAUUUCUGCUGCAAGCCAUAUGCAAGGUUAUUGCUCUUUCGGGUUGUCUUUGAACCGAAUUCGCUUGUAAAUCCUGAGCCCCCUCCCCCAUGUCGGGAAAGUUGGUGCGGUCCUCGUCUCAGCCUCUUGGAUUGUGCAGGGGUAAACCUCGGAAGAACAGAGGGGAGAAGAGAGGAUCAUGAAAGUUUGUCUUCUGAAGAAAGGAGAAAAAUAACAAGGGAUACACCGCUCAUUUUCAUCAGCGGCUCUCACUUCUCGGGAAAAACUCAUUGACCACACUGUAGGAUUGGGGAACACAAGAAGUAAUACAGCGACGAUAUUCAUUGAAUGGGACGCAAUAAAAAGGUUACUCCUUGUGUCUGGGUAAAUCGUACUUCUUCCGUUUCAACCACCCUGAGGAAGCCAGCAGAAUGAAGAGCAUGCUUCCCCCCAAGAGCCCUGUGUCCCCGCUGGCCUACAGCACAGACUAUCUCAAGUUCAGCAGCGACUACGGCCACUCGCUGGUGGGCGGGGCCAACAGUGGGCGGGGCAUGCGCUCCGCCUCGGAGCUGCGGGACCUGAUGGACACGCUGCAGCGCAAGAAGCAGGCGCUGGAGAACAGCCUGCGCGCCAACGGGGACGCCAACCCCUCGUACUUCAGCAUGACUCAGUCUCCACCCACCACGCCUGCCGCCGUGUCCUCGUCCUAUCAGGAGCAGGCCAAGCGUUUCUACGGCUCCGAGCGCCCGCCCCUCUCCCUGAAAGGCAUGGCCCCUCCCUCCCCGUCCCGCCGCUCUGACCCCUCCUCUUCCCGCUCCUCGGCCGGCCGCACCCAACCGGCCAACCAGCCGGGCCAAUCCCUGCUGACCACGUGGAACGGGGGCGGGUCUUCCCACUCUGUCGCCGGUAGCGACAGCUUCCUCCUCUCGCCCCCCGCCUCCUCCUCCCCCUACCCCUCCCCCCGCUCUCCCUCGGCCGGGGGUGCGGCCAGCAUGCCCUCCAGCCCCCGCCUGGGCCGCCGUAGCUACGGCAACCAGGAGACGCCGCCCGUCCCCAGGGCCAGGAAGUACUCGGCGGGCUCGCUCAACUCGCUGUCGACGGCCGGCAGCCACAGCCGCUCGCUGCCGCGCCUCUGCCCCCCCCCCUCGCCCCGGGACCACCACCACCACGGCGGCGGCAGCAGCAGCAACGGCGCCAUGACCCUCACAGCGCUGCAGGCGCGGCGCGGCGACCCCAGCGGUGCCUACAGGGCGUCCCGGGACCACCACCCCCACCACAACCACAACGGCAACAACAGCUGCGGCCAGGCGGCGCGGCACGGCGGCCCGAGCCACGGCGCGGCGCAGGGCGACGGCUUCCUGUCCAUCUCCCUCUCCAGCCCCCAGUCCCCGGCCCUCCUCCUCUCCUCCCCCUCCUCCUCGCCGUCCCCGUACUCCCCCUACUCCCCCUACUCCCCCGUCGCCAGCAGCACCGCCUCCCCCUUAGUCUCGCCCGCCCCGAGCUCCGCCGGCGGCCCCACCCCGCCCGACGUGACCCUCCCGUCCAAGGCGGGGGGCUCGUCGUCCCCCCGCGUCGCCAAGAAGCUCAGCCUGACCUCCACCAGCUCCCUGGCCUCCCUCAGCCCGGGGGGCUCCGGCCCCGGCGGGGAGAAGGAGCGGCCGGUGUUCGGGGAGAGGGGGGCUUCGUUCGGGAAGGCCGGCCUGGAGGCGGGGUCCGGCUUCGGGGAGAGGAGGCAGUCGUUUGGCAAGGCGGGGCUAGGGGCCGGCCAGCCGCCGCAGCCGGGGGCGUUCCGGGAGCGGAGGGGCAGCAUCAGCUCGCUGAGCGGGAAGGAGGAGCUCUCGGACUACCACCUGAGGCAGCGCGACGAGAGGCUCCGCGAGCAGGAGGUGGAGAGGCUGGAACGCCAGCGGCUGGAGACCAUCCUGUCCCUGUGUUCGGAGCUGGGGGCCCAAGACCACGAGGAUGAGGGCCCCGGGGCCGGCUCGGCCGCGUCGGACCUCCAGAAGAUCAACCAGGAGCUGGAGAAGCUGCGUCUCUAUGACGACGACGACGACGACGACGAAGACCGGGACGGCGACGAUGAGGUCACCAUCGACGAUGACGACGCCACCGCCGCCUCCGUGUUCUCCGACGUCUCGGCCCUCAACGGCAGCGUCAACGGCGACCGGGGCGGCGGCCCCCUCUCCCCGGAGAACGGUUACUAUGACGACGGGCCGCGGGCGCGCCACCGGCGCAGCAGCGGGAACCGCGACGGCAGGGCGGAGUCGCCGGCCGUCAGUCUGCGGAGCUCCGCCCCUUCCCCCUCCCCACGCAUGCAAAGGACCAAUGAGAUGGUGGAGGAGGGGGCACGGCAGCGGCGUGCGCAGGAGGCCCGGCGGACGGAGGAGGAGCGCGUCCAGGUGCUGAACAACAUGGAGGAGCUGGAGCAGAAGGUCAAGGAGCUCAGCAACCAGAUGGAGGAGUCCGUCCGGGAGGUGGAGGUGGAGCGUGCCCUGGUGGAGGCGGAGCAGGAGGCGGAGCUGUCUGCGCUCCAGAGGGAGAAGGACGGCCUGGAGGACCUCCACAGCAAGAUGGACGCCCUGGAGAGCAGGGCCCAGACGGAGAAGGACAAGGCCUGCGAGCUGUUGAGCAUAGAGAGGGGCAGGGUAGAGAGGUUGGCUCAGAGUGUGUGUGAACAGCGCACCCUGCUGGACAGCUGCCCUGAGGCCACCAAGGAGCCGCUCCAGGAACAGCUGGUCAGGGACUGCGAGGCCCUAGAGGCGGAGUCUAAGCGCUUCGAGGACCUGGAGUUCCAGCAGCUGGAGAGUGAGAGCCGGCAGGACGAGGAGAAGGAGAACCAGACGCAGCACCUCCUCCGCGAGGCCGCCGACUACCAGCGCAGCAUGGUCACGCGCAAGGAGCGGUUACUUACCCUUAAGAAGCAGGCCACACAAAUUACCCAGCAGGCACAGCGAGAGAAAGAGUGCUUCCUGAAGGAGAAAAGCAACCUGGAACAGAUGCUACAGAGGGAGAAGGAAAACCUCAGCAGUCUGGAGAGGAAAUAUGCUGACCUCACUGGGGGGCGGGGCUUCACCUUGAGGGAGGGUUAUGUCACAGUCAGUGAAAUCAAUGACAUUUACUCCCAGCGCGGGGGGGACUCUAAUCCCGCCGCUGCCCCCACUUACACCAAUACCUCCCCCGAAUCCCAGCUUAGCUCCUCCCCCGACGACGGAGCUCCAAAAUCGUCCGAGGAUGAGCACUUCCGACAUCUGGAGGAGAGGAAGCGGUACGAGAAGGAGGGCGGGACUCACAUGAGUGACACCUUACCCAGGAAGAGGACCACGCCCCCCAUGCCCUCCCAGUUCUCCUGCGCCACGCUCGGACGCAGCUACCCCAACAAGACCCACCAACCCUUGGCGCAGAGCUCCAGCUGUGGCAGCUUCCUACCCAGAAUGCUCUCCGUCUCAAACAAGGAGUCCGAAUCCCGUCGUCUGCAUAAAGGUCAACCUUCCUCCAGAGCGGCGUCCCAGACCAACGUUUACCUCGACUCGUUUGGUUACCGUGACAACCAGCCCUUUGACACCAUGAGCGUGGAUAGCUCGGACUCCAUAGACACCAGCAUCUCUGCCUGCUCCCCCGACAACGUCUCCAGUGCCAGCACGUCCAACGUGGCCAGGAUGGAGGAAAUGGAACGUAUGCUGCUGGAAGCUCAAGCAGAGAAGAGCCGCCUUCUGGAGCACAAGGAGCAGGAGAUGGAGGUGCGGAAGCAGGCGUUUGACGAGGAGCGGCGGCGGCGGGAGGACCUGGAGAAGAGGCUGCAGGAGGAGACCAGCAGGAGGCAGAAGCUGAUCGACCGAGAGGUCAAGCUGCGGGAGAAGCAGAGGGCCCAGUCGCGACCUCUGACCCGCUACCUGCCCGUGCGCAAGGACGACUUCGACCUGCGCUCGCACAUCGAGUCGGCCGGCCACAGCGCCGACACCUGCUUCCACCUGUCGCUCACGGAGAAGACCUGCCGCGGCUACCUGGUCAAGAUGGGCGGCAAGAUCAAGACCUGGAAGAAGCGCUGGUUCGUCUUCGACCGCAACCGCCGGACGCUGUCCUACUACGCAGACAAGCAUGAAGCCAAACUGAAAGGAGUCAUCUACUUCCAAGCCAUCGAGGAAGUGUAUUACGACCACUUGAAGAACGCGCACAAGAGCCCCAACCCGUCCCUGACCUUCAGUGUGAAGACCCACGACCGGGUCUACUACAUGGUGGCUCCCUCCCCCGAGGCCAUGAGGAUCUGGAUGGACGUCAUCGUCACCGGCGCCGAGGGCUACACCCAGUUCAUGGUGUAGCCACGGCAACCACUCUCCACUGUGUCAAACCUGGGACCCCCCCCCUGAUGGAGUAUCUAGAGGAGUUUUUAUAGCUUUAUUUUUUUGAUGUUUUUAUUAUGUUUUUCUAAAUGGCUGACAAUCUCAUUCCGAGGUGUGUGUGCGUGUGUACGUGUCUGUCUGUCUAUGUGGCGCACCAAUGACUGAUUUAAUGAACAAAGUGUGACUAUGUGUGUCUCUCCUAAGAGUCUUUCCCUAGAUGUAUAAUAAGAAGAGGUUGAAGAAUUAUUAUUAACAGAUUGCUGUUAUUUAAUGACAAGCAUAGUUAUUUUGAUUUGUGACGGAGGAAGGGAUUUCUCAGGACACUGCUCAAUCAUGAAUCAAUGAGCAGUGUCCUUUAAAACCCUUUUGUACACCUGUUUGAGAGAAGGUGUAUUCGUAGAUUUACGGUGCCUUUUAAACCAGAGCAAUGCUUUUAUCCAGUUGAUUUUCUUGGAAAAUUAUAAAUAUUGUGCUUGCAGGAAUUUGACCUAAUUGUUGGUUAGCCAUGCAGUGUCUUUAUAGUGAAAUGUAAAUACAUAUUUCUGUUUUGUUUCUGCUAUAUAGUGGACUCUUUAUAUACGAGACUACACCCAUGUUUAAUGGUCAACAUGUGAUGUAUUUUGAUAUGUUGAAUGACCAUUACAUUUGCAAUUAGGAAUAUAUUACAUUGCAGCCAUUGCGAAAUUUGAGUUUAUUUGAUUGCCUUUAUUUUGGUGCUGAGAGAUGAAUUUGCGUGUGUAAAGGUCCAAUGUUACUAGAGGUCACUGAAUUAUUUUUUUUUGUAGGUUUGUGGUGCUAUUUUAAUUGGCAUUGAAGUUCAAUAGACAUUGGAAUUAAUUACACCUAUGAACUCUUCCUAAAUCCUGUCUCUAAAUUGUAUAAUAUAUUUUGUGCGGUUCACCAUGUUAGAAAAGAAGAUGGCAUACUGGGCAUUUGGAUGAACAGGUUUGUGAAUUCAAACUCAAACAGCUUGACCAUGACACCUAUAAACCAGUGAUAAUUUAGAUAAUAAUAAUAAUUAUACAUCGGCAUGUUGAAUUACCACUUGGCCUUCUGUUUAUAUCUCACAUGUAUUAUACGCUGUAUCAUAGUUGAGCUUUGUCAUACAACAUCUCUCAAACUUUUUGUGUCGAGACAUACAUUGCGUUGUAUUGAACUCUUUAUUAUCCACUAUAAUCACAAAGACAUUGAUGCAUCUAUUAGCAUGUAUCAAUAGGUAGGCCGAAAGAAGAAACUGAAAUAGAUAUGUGCCUUUUAUUGUGAAUAGGUCAUUUUAAAAGAAGGUUGGCAUUUGAUACCGACGAGGAAAUACGACAAGGAAGAUUUGAGUUGGUAUGGACUCAAAUCCCACAUCUAUUGUCAGACACACUGAGCUUGUGGCUCCACCAGCAGAGAGAACUUUUACUUUGGAAUCUACAAGUACUAUAUUUUACAUGUUGUAUUUGUAUCAAGUGGCCAAUUUACAAAACAAAUACAGAUUAUAUUAUAUUUAUGUUUUUAACAAUGCAUGUAUCUUUCUAUUUUAAUAUCAAUAAAAGCAAUAUUCGUAACGUUGUUUGAAGUUUUUUGCUUUCGUAAUAAUAAACUCAUACUAGGUUGUUUUAUUCUCCUCAUCUUUCAUUACCUAGUAGUUUAAUAUAGCCAUAUUUGAUGAAAAUUAUAAUCAAUAGACUGUAAAACAAUGUGUUCUCAUGACAUCAUCAGUUUACUUCUGACCAACAGCGUAAAGUUGUUGGUCGCCCUCUGGCGGCUGUAUUUUCCAAUUACGUUGCUAAAAUAGCUGUGACUGAUCGAGGGGCCACUAUUCUAGCGCCUCUAGACUACGUAUAUGCCUCGCUGCGGCUUGUAUGACAUGGACAUCCAACGUCCAAGUGCUGUCACGUGAAUCCACUUGCCACCCCCACUGACGUAAAUGGCUAAUGACUGACACC